AUGAUUGAAAUAGAACAGACUUAUAGAGAAGAAUUGAUUAAAAUUGAAAAAGAUGAAACUGUGAUAAAUAACGAGUUUGAUGAGUCGAAAUGCUAUAUUGAUAAGUGGAGAAUGGUAGAAAGUAAAUUAGUUUCGCUUUUAGCUGAAAAGGAAAACGGUUCUGUUGUUAAUGAAAGCUUAACUCAAAAUGCUACUAUUCGUUAUCCUAAGCUUAAACUUCCGAUUUUUGAUGGGAAUAUUAAAAGCUGGUUAGGAUUUUGGGGCCAGUUUAAAAAGAUCGAUAAUGAUCCCAAUUUAGAUGAUCAUGAUAAAUUUGCAUAUUUAUUGCAGUCUAUGGAAAAAGGGUCAUCUGCUGAAGAGUUAAUCAAAAGCUUUCCGCCCGGUGGCGAAAGUUAUAGUAAAGCUUUAGAACAACUGCAAUCGCGUUUUGGGAAAGAAGACCUUCUUAUAGAAGUCUAUGUUAGAGAUCUACUUUCGUUAGUAUUAUUAAAAAACUCUCAGCAGAAAUUUUCAUUACGAAAACUCUAUGAUAACUUAGAAUCGAAACUAAGAGCGUUAGAAGUUCUGGGUGUUGCUAGAGAUAAAUAUGCGGCGAUGUUAUAUCCUCUAGUCGAAUCGUCAUUGCCGGAUGAUACAUUAAGAGCAUGGCAAAGAUUCCGAGUUAUUAAUCGCAGUCAGAGAGAAUCUGAAAGUAGUGAGCAAAAAGAGAAAAAUGCGUCAACACAUCGCAUGGAUUUAGAUGGUUUGCUUUCAUUUUUGCUCGAUGAAAUUGAAGGUGAAGAGAGAGUAUCUAUAGCUACUCAGUGCUUUACUAAAUAUCAGACACCUAAGCCUGGGAAUGCUAAACACUUUGGUUUCAAAAACCGUGGAGAAUUUUCCAAAACACCUUCUGCUUCUACUCUAAUAGCAACAUCUGAACAAAAUUCAACUGGAUGUAUUUUUUGUGCUGGAAAUCAUGCAUCUGGUGAUUGCGUUAAAGCAAGAAAGAUGACGUCUGAGGAAAGGCAAAAAGCAGUUCUAAAUAGUCGCAGUUGCUUUUUAUGUUUAGACAGAAAACAUGUAAUAGCUAAAUGUAAAAAACGAACAUCGUGUGUGAUUUGUGGGAAGAAACACCACAUACUUUUAUGUAGAAAUAUCCAAGCUGAAUCAAAAUCUCCAGUUCCUGUUAGCACGAAUAAGGAUGAAAAUACGGAUGCAGUACCUGAACGAGAUGAAACCCUCGCCAAUUUGGCGAGAACAACAAAUGUGUUUUUGCAAACUUUAACGGUUACAUUGAAAGGGCGAGAUAGAAAGCGCCAGGCCCGUGCUAUUAUCGAUUCAGCUUCACAGAGAUCUUAUAUUUUAAAAAGCACUGCAGAUGAAAUGAAAUUUGAGAGUACAUCUAAAGAAAGAUUGAGCCAUUCAUUAUUUGGCGGGUCAUGUACUGAUGUCAUAAACCACGAUGUUUUUACAGUGUUCUUGUCUAAAACGGAUGGAACUUAUCAUUGUAACUUCAAAGCUCUUAGCCAAGAUAUUAUUUGUGGAAGUAUACCACCAGUUGCUAAUGGCGAGUGGAUUCAAGAGCUUAAAGAGAACAAUAUAUCCGUAUGCGACGAUAGUAAUGGACCAAUAGAAAUACUUAUUGGCGCUGACAUUGCAGGCAAGUUGAUGACCGGAGGAUUUAAAUUGCUUACUUCAGGCCUUGCUGCUAUAGAAACAAAACUUGGUUGGACUCUUUUCGGGAAAAAUGGUAUGCGUGAGAUCUCGGACAAUUCCGCACUGCUCGUCACAUCCAUGUUGAAUAAGGAAAUAUUGAUAUCCGAUCUAUGGUCUCUAGAUUCACUUGGAAUUCUAGAUCCAUCAGAGAAGAAAAGUAAACUGGAACUUCAAGAAGAAGCAAGAGAUCAUUUCUUGUCUACUGUAAAGGUGAACGAAGAGGGGCGUUUUCAAGUCAGCUUGCCAUGGCUUGAUAACCAUCUACCGUUAAAAGAUAACUAUGACUUAGCUGUAAAGAGAUUAGCUUCUACAGUAAAAACGACUAAAAGCUGA